AGUUUGAUUGAAAAGAAAAUUAAAUGGCUUUCAUUAACCAACAAAUGGAAACAAGUGAGAAUGAUAGAAUAGUGCUGGAAGAGAUUGCUCUUUCCGAGCCACCAGAACAAGUUGUUUUUGAUUCCUUAACCGAAAAUAACUCUAGAAUUUACAAUAAGAUGGCUGCACAACUCGGAAAUUGUUUCGUUUCACUUAGGCAGUAUGUUUUUGCGGUCAAAGGGUUCAUUCAGGAUCUAUGGUUACAAUACGUUCGCGGUGAAAAUUCAGAAAGAAUCAGAGCUUACCAAGUUUGGCCAGGGAAUAAUGUUUUUUUCUUCCACGGAAGACUCAUUUGUGGCCCAGAUCCCAAGGGACUGCUCUUGACAACAGUAUCGAUAACACUUUCAAGUUGGAUAUUUGCCAUGUAUACUAGAGAUGAUUUACCAAUUCACUCAAAUCUCAUUGUACCCAUUUCUGUAAUUCUGACAACAAUUGUUCUUGUCAACUUGACAUUGGUUACUGCAACUGAUCCAGGAAUUAUUCCUAGAAAUGAUCAAGCAUCUAUGGAAGAAGUUGGUACUAGCAAUGGAGCCAGGAGGAAGAUAGUAACCAUUAAUGGGGUCGAACUGAGAUUAAAAUACUGUAGAAUUUGUAAGAUUUUCAGGCCUCCAAGGAGUGGCCACUGCGUGGUUUGUGACAAUUGUGUCGAGAAAUUCGACCACCACUGCCCGUGGAUCGGUCAGUGUAUUGCACAGAGAAAUUAUCGAUUUUAUUUGACAUUUGUGACAUCUACCUUGGUUUUCUUUAUCUACGUAUUUGCCUUCUCUAUUUGGGGAAUCCAUCAGAGAAGAGUGAAAAACAGCACCGGACUAUUAUGGAUGCCAAAGGACUGCCCUGAAUUUCUAGCACUGAUAUGUUUUAGUUUUGCUGCCAUUUGUUUCCUGGGUGGCCUUGCUAUUUAUCACAUGUAUCUCACUGCCACAAAUCAGACCGCUUAUGAGAAUUUCCGACAACGCUAUGUGAAUUCACAAAAUCCAUAUGAUAAAGGAAUACUCAGUAAUGUUAAAGAGGUUCUAUUUGCACCAAUUCCACCUUCUAGAGUUGAUUUUAGAGCUGAAGUAAUGUCAAGACCAACAAGAAGACCAUAAACGUGUGUAUAGAAUUAAACAUGAAUAUAUUAUGUUUCUAUAUAGAAGAUGAACUUAAGAUUAUUUUUACAUUUUGAGUUUGUUUCU